GAUGACGUAGUCCCGGCGGCUCCGCCCCCUUCGGCCUCCCUUGUUUCCUUCCUCCACGUCGAUGAGGCCAAAAUGGCGGCCGCGGUGAGCGAGGAAGCGGCGAUGGCGGCGUCAGGAGCAGCGGGCGAGGGAGCCUCCAAGCCCCUGUUUGCAGGCCUUGCGGAUGUGUCGAUAUCAGAAGACAUCCCCGUGGAAGGAGAGAUCACCGUCCCCGUGGGGUCUGCCUCUUCUUCUCCCGACGAAGACGGCUCCACGCUGGAUGAACCAGUCAAGGAGACCAUUAUGCGAGAUCUGAAAGCUGUCGGGAAGAAGUUUGUCCAUGUUAUGUAUCCAAAGAAGAGCAGCACCCUCCUGAGAGACUGGGACUUGUGGGGCCCACUGGUCCUGUGUGUUUUACUUGCACUAAUGCUUCAGGGAGGGGCAGCGGACAGCACCGAAGACAGAGGGCCGCAGUUUGCAGAAGUGUUUGUUAUCAUCUGGUUCGGAGCGGUCGUCAUUACGCUAAACUCCAAGCUGCUUGGAGGAACCAUCUCUUUCUUUCAGAGCCUCUGUGUCCUGGGCUACUGCAUCCUGCCAUUGACGGUGGCUCUCUUCGUCUGCAGGCUGGUGCUGAUAGCGAGUGCUGGGACCGCCGGCUUCAUUGUGCGCCUCCUAGUAGUGACAGCCAUGUUCGGCUGGUCAACGCUGGCAUCCACAGCCUUCCUGGCGGACAGCCAGCCCCCCAACCGCAAGGCCCUGGUGGUCUACCCCAUUUUCCUUUUCUAUUUUGUUAUCAGCUGGAUGAUCCUCACCUUCACUCCAUAGCAAAUGCCGGAGCAGCAAAGACUACAAAAACUGAAGGUGGCUUUUCCUUUGGAGGGUGGGUUCAUUAUCCUUUGUUUUGUAGUAGAAGUCGCUCUCAAUAGUUGCCCCGUCCUCUAAUUUAUCUGCCUGCCUUCUGUUGUUUGUGUUGUGGAAGGCCGGGUGGCCCAUAGGCCAAACCAAAGGAAUGCGCCAAAGAGCCGCUUAGGUGUUUUGGGUUCUAAAACCACAACCGACGGUCUGCCUGCUGGGUUCAGUUCUUCCCCUGCUCCGAUUGUGAAUGAGCGGCUAAGCAGGAUAUCUGAAGAAUGCUUAUGAUGGAGGAACAGCAACACAAAAAGCCACAUACCUGGGCCAUGACAACUGCUGAUAAAGGAAUGUGUUGGGAUACUGACAUUUAACCAGCUUACUUAGAACUCCUUUCUACUUUGGCACUCAGCGUUCAGUAGAAUUUUGCCUUAUGCAUCCUUGAACCUUGGUUGACUUUUGAUUUGGAGAGGCUUUCAAAAUCCUUUCAGCCUACAAAGAGAAGGAAGUUGGUUCAGGGGGCUUGUCUUUUGUUCUUCCUUGUUCUUUCAUCCGUUUUUAGUUUUUCAUCCAAAUAAGAACUGCAUGUAGUCUCUUCGCACCAAGCCAAAGCACAUCAGAGGGCUUUGCUCCAGAAAACAUGAAUGCAACACAAGGCGACUGACUCUUUCAGUAUGUUCUGUGCAUUGCAAGCGUAUGGGGAACUGUGCAGGCCUGGGCAGUGUGUUUUUCUACAAGCAUUAAGGAGAACCUUGUUUUAUGGGAUUUCCUGGAUAGAGAAGGAACUGUUUGUUGACAGCUUCUUUAUUGACAGAGGAGGUUCCUCUAAAACAGUUCUUCUGCCUGCCCUGGAUGAGAAAUAGGUGUGAGAGAGUGAGUCCUAUCAUAUGCUUGUUCUCUGGCCUGGCCUUUCCUCAGUCAUCCAAGGGAAGGGUCAUUUAACCAGUCAUUUGGCGAUCUGCUUGUCUUUGGCCCACUUCCGCCUGCUUUUCAUGGGGAGGUCAUCCAAGGCAUGACAGAUUGUAAUUCAAAUGCCUGUGUGGCUUCUGAGCAGAAAGUGUGAGUUGCUCUAUUUAACAUUUGCUUUGUGCUUCGGGUAUCUUUUUCUCUCACUGGUGAAGUGCUGGCAUACAAAGGCUUUUUGGCUAAGGAAGCUAUCAUUGUGCAUAACUCUCUUCCCAGUAUGGCUCUUAACAUCUCUUUUGUUUGCUGGUUUUGAGGUUUGGGGCCAGAAAAUUAGCAGGUAAUGUCAGUGCUUUCUCUUGCUACCUAAUAGUCCAAUACAAGACAUGAUUAGAUUGUGUUCAGUCAGCCUGAAUGUAUUCAAGACCGAUCUACCAUGAGAUGCUUAAAAUUAGCGUUGUCCAGUUCUGGUGUUCCAGACGGAGCUGUUUCCAAAUCCAUGGAUCACUUGUGUAUCAAAAGUUUGGGUUUACAUGGUUGACUAUUUCUGAAGUUCCCAGUUUGAGACCAUUAGAGCAUGUAGAUCAUAGUUGAAGAGAAACUGUGAGUACAUAUAUUUAUUUUGCUUUUGCUUUUUUAAAAAUUGGGCUUCUGCCUUUCCAGUUUUGUGGGUAGGAAUACGUGGCCAAUGUUUAUAAACUGUGAGAUCCAUUGCAGGAAAAAGCAAGUGGGACUUGGUCCUGAGUGGUAUAAAAUCUGUCUGCAAUGCUGCCAUGGUUCGAAACUUGGGAAGAAUGGAGGCACCAGGAGGGGAGGAAUGUGGGCCCUUCGAAGGAGAGUGGGUUCCAACCCUUCCUUCCCAUAAGUGCUUCCAUGUUUAGAGACCUGGGAGCAUCUUAAGACCUGCAAGCACAAUAUGUCAUUUAGGUUUGGUGACAAGGUGAUGGUUGAUGUUCCACCAGGAAGAGCAGGGAUGCUCAAAGUAGUGGAAAUACGGGCAGAUUUCUUUUCUUUUCUCCUUAAUAAACUUGGGAAAGAGGUUCUUGUCCUGAAAGCAACACUAAAUCUACAGGGUUUACUGUCAGUUUUGUCAAAUGAUUAUCCUGUCAGCUGCUUCAGAUGUGGGGGGGAAGCCUUUCCGACUCUUUAUUUUUCAGUGUUGGUCUUGUACAUAGCGCCGCUGUUACUUUGCGUGUGUAUAUGUGUUUGCGUUGGGGAAUGAAACAUGUAAAUUAUUUGUAAAUUUUUGUAAAUUAAAAGGCUGGAGGAGGCGUGUGACGUAA